CAAGGAGCGGUUGAAAGACGGUCAGGGUCCCCCUCCGUCCUUCAUGCCCAGGGAAAUGGACGUCGACUCUGUCCUCCCUUUCAUCCUCCCUCUUCCCCCCUCACACAUCCCAUUCCUCAUUUCGCACCCUGCCGCCCAUUCCCCCCUUCUUCUCCUUCUUCUUCUUCUUCCUCUUCUGCUCCUCCUUCUUCUUCACCCAUACGCUUUGACUACGAAGAUCCCUCCCUUUCCCCACCAACCGACCUCGACCAACCGCCGCUUCUUCUUCCUCCCCUCCCCCCCACAUCUUCCCUUCGACUGUCCUUUUCCCCUCUCUUCGAGAUGUCCUCUGGCCUCAACCAUAUCAACACCGCCACCCCGCGCGAGAGCACCAGCUCCACUUCCUCGGGUCUCACUCGUGUCAGUGUCGGCGUCAACUCCAAUCCCAAUCCCAAUCCCAAUCCCAAGCACUCGAGUCUGAGCAGCAACAAGCACUCGUCCACCACCAGCAAUGGUCAUCUUCACUAUAGCAACAGUAUCAAGAGUCUUCAGAACCUCGGCCGAAAUAGCAGCAACAACAACUACAACCACAACCACAACCACAACCACAGCUACAACUACAACAGCAGUUACACCAGUGGAACCCCAAGCUCAGGCUCAGCCCUGCCC